UUAUAUAACAAACUAAUCAUCCAUUAUUAAUAUCUUACUUCAAACACGUACCCUAAAUCGCUUAAACUUCAUUUAUUAAUGGCGCAAAUCUCAGGAAGAUCGCCUUUUGAUAACAAACCAAGCUUGGGGAGUUUGGUAUUUGAAGAGUUUGUGCCUCCUUCAGCAUGGACAGAUGACUCGACGUGCCUUCUUGUUGAUCUUCCUGGUUUCAAGAGGCAAGAGCUAAAGCUUCAAGUCGACAACCAAACACAUUUAGUAGUUAACGGAGAAAGGCAGGUGCGAGAGAAUAAAUACAAACGAUUUGAACAAAGAUUUGAAUUGCCAAAAAACGUAGACACUGAAAAGAUAACAAGGGAGCUUGAUGGUGAAAUUCUAUUUAUUUCAGUCCCAAAGAAAGUUGAACAUAAACACCAAGAUAUCAAACAUGACAACAUUCCCGCACCAGUAAGUAAGUGAUAACAUAUAUAGCGAGGAAAGUAAUAAAAAUAAACAACCAGACGCUGCUGAUGUAAAUGAAGAUGAAACUGAUAACAAAGAUGGUAAAAGAAACAAACACCGAAUGUGUUUUGAUGAGAAUAGGAGGCAAAAGACAGAUUUAUUUCUAAGACUUGCAAUGCAGAAAUUAAAAAAUAAUAAAGGGAUUGUUGCGACAGCAAUCUUUACAUUUUCAUUAGGUGUGCUGGUAACUCAGAAGUUUCGGUCAAAUGGAAAUUGAUGGAGGGAGCUCUUGUUGUACAUAAUACAUAUUUUACCAAUUAUCAAGUUGUACUUUAUUACCAAUGAACAUUCUCACCUCAGAGGAAAACAUAAGUAUCAUUACUAUUCCUUUCUUUGUCUUACUUUAUGAAAAAAU